AGGAUAAAUGCAAUCCAAUAAACAAUGCAUCGAAACCCAAAAUCUGGUCAUUGGCUGAAACAGCAACAGAAGACAAACCAAAGAGUCCAUUAUCUCAUAUCAACCAUAAUCUCAACCCCAAUAUGAAUCUCGGGCCACCCCUACACCUGUCGGCCCCUAAUAUGCAUUCUAACCCAUUAUCACCGCCAAUGCCACCAAAUAUGAGCGGUUGGUGUCAUCCGACACACACUCACAACCCGUACUCAGCAGUCAAUCCGUACGCAACCCAUUAUAUGCCAGCACUCGGCCGACACUUCACACACCCGUCUUCAGCCACAUCACUACCUCCACAGGCAGACACACCACCGCAGACACCGCCUGCACUUAAAUUGGCAUCGAUGCAAUUAUUUGGCUCUGAAAGUGGUGGUGCAUUGGCAGCACAUGCGGCUCAGGCAGCGGUGAUGGGAGCCCAAGAGCAGGUGAAUUGUGUAGAAUCAGCCAAAUUAAUCACUCUUGGCAUCAGAGGAGACCAAAUCGGACGGAACGGCAAUACUUCACCGCCAACUCAUUCCUCUCAAAAUUUGUUUAGUGAUAAGUAUAGCACUCAAGAGGCAAACAGUCUUCAGACUCUAUACAAUGGCUUCAUAUUAGGCCUGCGAUCGGCGUUUUGCCACAAAAACCAUGGCAUGACGUGCAAUGGGUUUCGGGCACUGGAUGUGACAGUGACUCCACUGGUUAGGCACUGGUAUCUCAUUUGA